AUUACCCACAGAAAACGGGUUAGAAGCGGGGAAAAAAUUAAUUAAACUAUGACAAGGAUCUAAAGAAGUAAAUCAAACCAAUGUUUUUGAUACAACAUCAUUGAUACAUGAUAAAAGUAUAAUCACUAGUGUAAAAGUAAACCUAUCAGAAGUCGGCAAGUGCAUAAACUAAGUGAAAAUUGUUUUGUUUCAGAGAGUACAAUGAUUCUGAUUGGUGUGGUCCUGGUAAUGGUGUUCGAGUAUACAGAGGGCUCAGUCUAUGCCAAUUAUGGUUACGGCCAACGUUACCCUAGCUAUCCAUGGAGUUAUCAAACACCGUAUCAAUUUAAUGAUCAACCAAGACCAUUGCCCCCGCAGAGACCAAUAAUAACACCACAGAGACCAGUAAUACCAGGAUCACCGCAGUGGAAAAGAUUACAAUUUAUUAAGAAAUAUCAAGCAUUUCAAAGAAGUAGAACUGGAGGUAUCGAGUUUGGACCCAAAUCUAAAGAGAUACUAUGGUUUGAGAAAGAAGCAUUGACCCAUCACAACAGCCAUCGACACCUCCACCAAGUCGAUGGUCUGACCUUGGAUCACGACUUAAGCCGACAAGCUGCACAAUUCGCCCGUAGCCUGGCAGACAGCAUGAAGAUAGAACAUUCCAAUGUCAUUCAGAGACUAAAUCAACAUGAGAACAUAGCAGUGGGGUGUAGGGUAGCAGGGCCAGGAUUAACCGCGCUUGAAGCAGUCAAAUAUUGGUACCAAACUAUUUGCUAUCACAAUUGGGUACAAUCCCAACCAAAUGCCAAAGCCCGUCCCUUCACAAAUAUGAUCUGGAAAUCUUCAAAUAAGUUUGGCAUAGGUUUUGCCAGAUUCAAGACCAACGAUGGCUUCAACUGUAGCGUAAUAGUUGCUCGGUAUUCCCCUUCGAAUGGACAAAAUAGUGAUUUCAGUAGUAAUGUUAAUAAGGGAUUGUUUGAGCCUGUAAGUUGUCAAUAUGUCAAUAACAGGGAUAAACCUGACUUCAUUGAACCAGACGAAAAAGAUUGUAAAGUAUCAAACGAUCAUCACGGCCAGAUCGUUAACCAAGACGCCUCGUGUACCUUUAGCCAACUGUUUAGCGCUUUCGGGGCCUCAAGGAGAAGAGGAAAGCUUUCUUUUAGAGUUGUGCUUUAAAAGGCUUGAAAAUAAUAAAAAUACUAAUGACUUUUUAA